UUCCCCAACCUCUUCAUUCUCCUUAUGGCUUCUUCUUCUCCUCCUUGCGUAAACACAAGUAGUCUACUUAUCUCGAUUAUCCUUGUAAUAAUUUCAUUAGUUUCCGACGCAAAUGCUACGGCUCUUGUAUCAUCAUGUAAACGUUUUAACUCAAUUAUAAGCUUCGGUGACUCGAUGGCUGACACCGGAAAUCUUCUGCAUCUUUCAUCUUCGAACAAGCCUCCCCAUUUUGCAUUACCACCCUAUGGAGAAACUUACUUUCAUACGGCCACUGGUCGAUGCUCCAAUGGCCGCCUCAUCAUCGACUUCCUAGCUCAGUAUCUUAGAAUUCCACUGAUACCGCCGUACAUAGGCACCAAGAACAAGAGAAAUAACUUCUCAUCCGGAGUGAAUUUCGCGGUGGCUGGAGCAACGGCCAUGAAUAAGAAAUCUUUCGAAGAAAAAGGUGUCCAUAUUAUGGUAAAAAACAUUUCUCUAGAGACGCAAUUGGGCUGGUUCAAGCACCUCUUGCCAUCUCUCUGCCAAACAGUCUCAGAUUGCGACAAACUGUACAAAAGAAGUGUUGUACUCGUGGGAGAAAUCGGAGGCAAUGAUUAUAACCAUGCUCUGCUUGCUGGAAUAAGCAAAGACGUUGUAAGAACAUUUGUACCAUCUGUUGUUGGCCAGAUUGCCUCGGCAGUUACUGUUUUGGUAAAGUUGGGGGCCAGGUCAUUAGUAGUUCCGGGAAAUUUACCAAUUGGAUGCUCAGCAGCUUAUUUGACACAUUUUAUGGCUAACUCAUCCAAGCAAGACUAUGACCCAAAGACUGGCUGUCUUAUUUGGUUAAACAAGUUUGCUGAGUACCAUAACAAAAUGCUUCGGAACGAGUUGAAUAAAAUUCAGGAACUUCAUCCUCAUGCCAACAUUAUGUACGCGGAUUAUUACAAUGCUGCAAGGCCAUUAUUCCUUAAUCCAAAAAAAUAUGGAUUCAGUAAUGGAGCACUAAGAGCAUGCUGUGGAGGGAAUGGACCAUAUAAUCAGAACUCCUCUGUGGAGUGUGGUUAUCCGCCGUCAACUGUCUGUGAGAACCCUUCCCUCAAUGUUAACUGGGAUGGCUUACACUUGACGGAAGCGGCAUAUAAGUUCAUUUUUGAACGUUUAUUUAGAGGGCGAUACACAGUCCCGGCCUUUAAGACAUUAUGUAAAGUUUCAUAAAUUUAGUCAGUAAGUUUGAAUGCUGUAUGCCAAAUCUUGAAUGAAUUAAGGGAUUGCUCAUGCGUUAAAUUAACAUAUAACAACCUCAGCUGCCUGGUACUAAGCUGCAGAAAUGCUCAUAUGGGACACAUAACAUCAGUAAAGUAUAUCCAAGCUCUGCAGUGUAAUGAACAAUAUACUGUUAUAUAGAUCCGGUAGACAAUAUCUUUAAUUC